AUGGGUUCAGAAGAGAACGCACGUGCUUUUGAACUCUCCGCGAAAUCUGGCUUAAGACAACCAAGCCAAGGAUAUAAGUACUUGUCCAUCACUAAAACUGGGCAUAGGUCUAAGUUUAAAUGGUUAGGAGAUUUUGAAGAGCUGAAAUUGUUUGUAGACGGGUAUUUGAAAAUCACAGGAACGUGGAGCUACACGACGAACAAUGGCGGCUUUCAUACGAUGAAAGCCGAAGGUGCCGCCAUAAGCUUUUAUCCUGGGACGAAAACACUCAAUGUACAAGGGUCUAAAUCCGAAGUUAUCGGCCAGAAGCUACUACAACUUGCAAGUACAGGUAGCGAGGAACAAAGCCAUUUUGCAGCAUCAAAUAUUCAAACCAAUUUCGUAAGUGACGAUGACCACGAGCAACAAGAAGGUGUUGAAGAACAUGAGACUGACUUCGGAGGACAUUACCGAGGACUUGAAUGCUCAUACCAAAUGUUCCAAGGUGAUAGACGCCGCAAUUCGCGAGUUCAGACCCGAGGUUGGCAAACUGCAUUCGGAAUUCGCUGAACUUUCAAAUUUUUCAACAGCGAGAAGAUCUGAUGAAACCAGACUUCACGAUGAAAACAGAGACCUAAAACAGAAGUUACAAGAAUUAGAAAUGCAGUACGAUUCUCUAAAACGUGAAUCUAGAGCCAUCCAAUUUGAAAACAAAAGCUUAUUGACGGCCCUACGAUUGCUUAGUAGCGAAAUUGCAAAUGAAACCAAACACACAGCUCCCGAACUUAAUGUACAAGCUGACGGGGAAUGGACUCAAGCCUAA